AUGUUAUUUACCACAACCCUUCUGAUAUGUGCAUGUUUGGUAAGAAGCAAAAAACCAUUGAACCAGCGACUUCAAGCAACUUGGCGACUGGAAUGCGAAUUAGGAAUUAUUUCUGAUCUGGAUUGCCCCAUAGACGGUGGUUGGUCACCAUGGUCACCUUGGUCAGCAUGUCAUGGGACUUGUGAUAACGUGGGACAUCGGAAACGCUUACGGAAGUGCAACAACCCAACGCCUUCUAAAGACGGCAUGCCUUGCAAUGGUCUAGACGAACAAAUGGAAUCUUGUUAUUUAAUUAACUGCACUACGGACGAUUACCGAAGAUUAGUUGAAGGAGAUAUUUCCAGAGCUCAGGCAUUUAACCAACUAGAAGCUAUGCCCGCAUUCAUGGAUAGAUGUCUCCGAACGGAAUGUCCUUUUGAAGCUGUCGUGGUAGCUCUGACGAAAGAAAACACAUGGCAGUUAAAUUCCGAAUCCUUGUGGAACGCGCUCCAAUGCGUUAAACACGAUAUAGGCUGCCACGUAACGGGGGAAUGGGGAAUAUGGGGCCAGUGGUCACCUUGCGGAGCACGCUGUGGAAAAGGGCGGCGGUGGCGAACUAGACAAUGCGAUACACCCCCUCCAUCUGUAGCUUAUUUAGUAUGUUCAGGUACACCCCUGCAAUAUGAAGAGUGCGAAGGUGACCAAUGUGCUAUUGAUGGAGAGUAUACGGAAUAUAAUAUAAGCGGAUCGUGGGGUGAAUGGUGUGAGUGGAGUAAAUGUUCUGAAAAAUGUGGACCUGGAAUUCGACAAAGAAAAAGAACUUGCAUAGAAAAACAUGUAUCAAAUUUUGCUAUUACUUGGGGUACACAUUGCCGUGGGCAGUACGACGAUUUACAAGUGUGCAGCAAUAAAAAAUGCUUGCUUGAUGGUGGAUGGUCAGGGUGGAGUGCUUGGGGGCCAUGCUCACAAUCUUGCGGAGCUGGUAAGCGAUUGAGGACUAGAUCUUGUACAAGACCUAUACCCUCCGACGACGGAAUGGGCUGCCUUGGACCUAAGGUAGAAGUAGGAUCUUGCCAUCUUAAUCCCUGUGAAGUUUAUACCCACAUGAUAGGCGUAUUUAACGGAGAUUCCUUUUUACAGUACCACUUUCCACGAAAACGAUCAACGUUCUUUCAUUUUUAUAUACGUUUUAUGCCAUUAUCUCCUCAUGGAAAUAUCAUUCGCCGAGGUACAACACACAAUCCACUUAUACGACUUAGUUUACACAAAUGGCAUGUCUGUCUGGAUGUCAAUGGAGUGAUCAAAUCGUGUAGUAUUCCCAGAAUGUGCUCUCCGUCCGCUUUAGAACCAGCCACGUGGCAUACACUUGUAGUUACUGUGACCAAUGAAGCAGCCAACUUAAGAAUUAAUGACGCAGAAGCUUACAUUCAAGGUUCGUUCUCUUGCGAUCCAGAAUUCACAAAUGACGUAAUGAAUAUAUAUCUCGGUGAAAGAUUACAUGGUGAAGUUCAAGAGAUUAUACUUAAUUUUAUUCCAUUACGUAUGAUCAUUGAACGAGAACGUAGAACUGACCGGACUGAUUUCUUUCCUAGCUCAGCAUCCAAUAUGGCUUACGAAAAAGCGAAUAUGGAUGAAGCCUAUUUGAAUAUCCAAAUAGAUCAAUAUUUAAGACUUCCAUGCUUUCAAGUACAAGACGAAUGGCAGUUAGAAUUGACAAUUAAGUAUAAACGGGAUGGUGGAACUUUCUUUUUUUUACCAAGCGGUAUAAGUAACAAAUGGUUCUUUAUGGCUUUGCAAAACAUGAGAAUCAAAAUAAAAUUUGCUCAUGACGACUUCAAGUCUGAAGCUACAAGUGCUACUGAAUGUUUGCCAGAUCAAUGGAUUGAUAUUAGCAUAGUAAAAAAAAGAGAAACAAAUACAAUAGAAGUUUCAUUGAAUGCUGGAGAACGCCUCCAUGUACUUUUGAUGGAAGAUGUAAGAGAUUACCAGGAUAACAGUAAACGGUUUAGAUCAUGUAUUACCUUUAAUGAGUUGGGAGGAAAAGAGUCCAUAAAAAAUAGGCCAUGUAAAACAUCACAUUAUAAUGAAACAAAACAUAAAGAAAUAUGUAGUGAUGAUUUUUUUGUUGGCGGACUACCUUUAGAUAUACAAAAUAGCCUAUCCGAAGACUUCACACCUUUUUCCGGCGUAAUUGCAUAUGUAAGAGUAAAUAAUGAUUUAUUAGAUCUCCAUGACUACACUAUGGAAAGAGAUAAAGACGGUAUAGUACAAGUAUCUUCGCGAACAGCAAGUAUAUCGGGUUCGUAUCAUGAAACUGCUUGGGGCGAAUCAAAUAAACUCAAUUUGACCUGCCUUUAUGCUCGCAACUCUAGGUCAAACCAUGGUCCUUAUUGGCUCUAUUGGGACACUGUACUCCAAUUUAACAAAAAUAUUCGAUCUGAUGAUGAUGGAAAGGUAUUAAGAUUAUUAGUUACAGCCGAUAAUGAUCUAAAAGGUUUCUACACAUGUCGAGCACGCGGUAAUAUUAUGCGAACUCGAAAUUUUGUUACUUAUGGAGUGCUUGGUAAAAUUAACUAUAAAUGUUCAAGACCCGACACGAUAACUGUUAUAGCCGUCCUCACAACUAUUGCUCUUGUCAUAUUUACUUUAGCAUGGCUUAUUCUAGAAGGUUACCAUGAUGUUUGUAACGGAUAUGGGUUUUAUAGGGACGCACACUUGAGUCCAGAAGAAGAAGCCGAGGUAGUAUGUAAGUAUAUUGAUCAAAAUCUGAUUGGAUCCGUAAGUGCCGUUAAUUUAGCUAAAGCUAACGCUAGACGAAGAGGUAAGCGACUAGCUAGUCGAGCAAGUUUUGGAGCUCAAGAGCCAGAAGGUAUGCGAAGAAUAGAAAAUGACGUUGAAGAGAUAUGCAGCGACACUGGAUCGCAUGAGCCAGAUGAGUUGCCCCCUCUGCCUGAAAGCAAAAUUUUGGGCAUAGAACCAUCACAUGAAGUAUAUAGAUGUGAGCCAUCAUAUGUUAGCUCACCGCGACACGGUUCGAAUAUAACCUCAUGCGGAACAAAAUUAACCUCAUCUUCAGCUCAUACUUCACCUAGAUUGCUAUGCACACGAUUACCGAUGAGAAAUAAAAGUUUUCCUAAAGAAAGUUUUCCAAGAAAAAAUACGAACAGUAGGUGCCGUAUGAGAGAUAAAACAAGAUUAUUUACUAUAAAAUCUUCGACAUUGGUUAACAAAUCGCCGGUGCAAAAAGUCUUGCAAAAAUUUCAAGACAUAAAGAGUGAGGACGCGUAA